GACGUGUAUAGCUUCAUUUAGGCCACCUUAAUAUCAGAAACAUUUUAAUAAUUUUCCCUGUAAACGCACUCAGAGCUCUGUCGUUUUCUACAAAUAGCUAGAUAGAAACAGAAAGCUUGUUUGAGAUUUAAGCCAUUUAACAAUCACAGCAACCCUGGUUUUACAAAUUCAGUCUCUCGGGAAGUUGAUCGAUACGUUUGGCGAUUGUUGUUCGUUUCAGGAGGAAGAUUUGAGUAUGGCUUCGAGGUCUGAUGCACUUGUAAUUUGGGGUGGUGGGAGUGAAUUUUCAAGAACUGUGGAUAUGUUUUCCCAAAUUAAUAAAUGAGGAACAUGAUUUUUUAUGAGUAUACAUAACAUGCAGCUGGACAAGAAUGAUUUCAGAUAUCAGAAGGAAAACAUCAACGGACCAGGGUGGAGCAGCAAGACAAAGGCGACAUCGAGUGUACCUCAACUGUUCCAGUCAUUCAGUGCAUGUGUUUUACAGAUGGAAGUUGACAGUCCAGUGUUUACCGUGGAUGAUGCUCUACAGAUUGUGGGCUUUGGAAAAUACCAAGUGCUUCUUCUUGCUUAUGCAGGAAUGGGCUGGGUGGCAGAAGCAAUGGAGAUGAUGCUUCUUUCAUUUAUAGGACCAGCAGUUUCUUCUGAGUGGGAAUUGUCUCCUCGUCAAGAGAGCCUGAUCACUAGCACUGUAUUUUUGGGAAUGAUGGUGGGAGCAUACUUAUGGGGUGUACUUUCGGACACAAAAGGAAGAAGAUAUGGAUUUUUUGCUACAGCAGUGGUGACUUUUGGUGCUGGAUUUUUUGGCACCUUUUCACCAAAUUAUCUUGUAUUGGUUGCUUCUCGUUGCUUGGUUGGUCUUGGAAUUGGAGGUGGCCCCGUCCUUUCUUCAUGGUUUCUAGAAUUUAUUCCAAUGGCUAAUAGAGGGUUUUGGAUGGUAAUAUUUUCAGCAUUUUGGACUUUUGGCACAAUUUUGGAGGCCUUAAUUGCAUGGAUUGUGAUGCCAACUUUAGGUUGGAGGUGGCUAGUUGGAUUAUCCUCAACACCAUUGUUGAUCUUGCUCGUUUUCUAUAGUGUAGUUCCAGAAUCUCCAAGAUAUCUUAUAAUGAAAGGUAGAACAAUAGAUGCACUUCAAAUACUGAAUAAAAUUGCACAAGUAAAUAGAAAGCAUCUUCCACCUGGGAGAUAUGUUGCUUGUGUCACUGCCAAAACAAAGGAAGUAGAUGGUGUUGACAAAUUGGAAGAAGCCCAUUUGUUGGAUGUCAAAGGGCAAUCAAGUGAAACUUCUUCAAAAAUAAGGAAUCAAAUGAGAUUGUUUUCAUCAUUAUGUACUCUCUUGUCACCAUCCUUAAUAACAUCAACACUUCUUCUAUGGUCAGUUUUCUUUUCAAAUGCGUUUUGUUACUAUGGACUUGUCUUGCUUACCUCCCAAUUUGGUGGUCGAAAUCAAAAUUGUGCAUCAAACACCAUGACUUCUGCUGCUACAAACAACAGCAGUCUCUACAGAGACAUUCUUAUGGCAAGCUGUGGAGAAAUUCCCGGGCUUCUUUUGGCAGCGAUUAUUGUGGAUUUUUUUGGUCGCAAAUCCUCGAUGGCAAUAAUGUUUUUCUCUUGUUGUAUGUUUUUUCUUCCAUUAAUGUUUCCUCAACAUGAAACUAUGACAACUAUACUCCUCUUUGGAGCUCGUCUAUGUAUCACAGGGACUAAUACAAUUGCGUACAUUUAUGCCCCAGAGGUAUACCCAACAUCCAUAAGAUCAACAGGCUUAGGGACUGCAAGUUCAUUUGCAAGAAUCGGUGGAGUAUUGAGCCCUCUAAUUGCCAUUUGGCUAGUUAAAGUUUGUCAGCAAAAGCUGGCCAUUCUUUUGUUUGAAUUCGUACUUCUCUUAGGAGCAAUCUCUGCUUUGUUUUUGCCUAAAGAGACUAAAGGGCAAACUCUGACCGACUUUGUUUAGUGUAUUUGUAAUUCUAUAACUUUUCUUGAUUAUGGUCAAAUUGUCUAUAUUACAAUACAAUCUUUAAGGCAUAUUUUACUAUGUUCCUUCAUUUGUUGAGGCUACUAUCUGGAUACCUCGUGCGUGUUCCAUCAGGCUCGUGCAGCUUUGCUUUGUCUCAACAUUUGAUUCCUUAGCACCUGCUACUUUUCACCCCUAAGCGUUCUAUCAUUUUAAUUACCAAAAGAGAAAUUCAUUUCAAAUA